AUGCCUAUCUCCGCAGAUCUAGUCCCUGAAGGUUGGACUACAGAGUCUCAAGAGAUGAAUAAGGACUUCUACUGGGGAAAUGAAGGGAUGGGUACGUUGGCUGCAGCCUCUGUUGGUAUCACCAAUCCAGAAGCUCUCAUGAUCAAGGGCAAAGAAGAGGGAGGGGAUGCCUAUCUGUUCCAAGACGCGAACGGGGUCUACAUGUGGAGUAUGACCACAGAUGAAGUGUACAAGUACACCAAGCCUACCAAUCGCGAUGAUAUACUAGCCGAGAUGCAUGACUGCAUGAGUAGAGUGCCGGUUCAUUGA